CGGUUUGUUCACAUAAAAAAGGGUUCUGAUUGCUUUGCUUUGCUGUUCUGCUGUUUGCAUCUCUGAUUUCUCGGCGACAAGUCAGUCUCUCUCUCUUCAACUUGAUCCCCUCCGAAUUUCUAUAUUCUCUCGCUCUGUCUCUCUUUCUUUGCCUUUCGGUGGAAUUUGAUUGAGAAGGAAGUUUCAUUGUUUCUGCAAGUAAGCAGACAUUCUAAUUUCACUUUCUCAAGCCUUUGCUGGUACGAAUUUGUCAAUCUAUGGUGAAGAAAUCGGAAACUUUUUGGCUCUGUUUUCGUGGAGAAUUUUAAUUUUGUUUUGAUAUUCUGCGAGUCAGGACCGGUUGCGGAGCUUAGAAGGAAGUUAGGGCUUUGUUUCUUGUGUUGAAUGUGAGUUUUGUGUUUGGCUAGAAGUGGUGUUUCGUUAUGCACUAGAGAUUUUCCGUUGCCGGAGGUUUUGAGGAAUGUUUUAGUAGUAACUGAUAGGUUUAUGAUGGCAAAAGUUGGAGGUGUGUGGAAGUGAACGAGUGACUGGAUUUGCUAAAAGUUACUAAAUCAAUCAUAUCUGCAAACAUGAAGGCUCCAUCUAAUGGAUUUUUGGCAAAUCCUGCAGAAGGAGAAAGGAAGAGUAUUAAUUCAGAGUUAUGGCAUGCUUGUGCGGGACCACUGGUGUCUUUGCCACCAGUUGGAAGUCUUGUAGUUUACUUCCCUCAAGGGCACAGUGAACAAGUUGCAGCAUCAAUGCAAAAGGAGGCUGAUUUCGUACCCAGCUACCCCAACCUUCCUUCGAAGUUGAUUUGCAUGCUUCAUAAUGUCACAUUGCAUGCUGAUACAGAAACCGAUGAAGUCUAUGCACAGAUGGCCCUUCAACCUGUAAGCAAAUACGAAAAAGAAGCAUUGCUGGCAUCUGACAUGGGCCUCAAACAAAACAGGCAGCCUGCUGAGUUCUUUUGCAAAACUCUUACAGCAAGUGACACAAGUACUCAUGGUGGUUUUUCUGUACCUAGACGAGCGGCUGAAAAAAUCUUCCCUCCUCUGGAUUAUUCACAACAACCACCUGCUCAGGAGUUGGUUGCCAGAGAUUUGCAUGACAAUUCUUGGACAUUCAGACAUAUUUAUCGGGGGCAACCAAAAAGGCACUUGCUGACUACAGGGUGGAGUGUCUUUGUCAGCACAAAAAGACUGUUUGCUGGUGAUUCUGUUCUAUUUAUAAGAGAUGAAAAGUCUCAGCUUCUCUUGGGUAUUCGCCAUGCUAAUAGACAGCAGCCAGCUCUUUCUUCAUCAGUUAUAUCCAGUGACAGCAUGCAUAUUGGAAUACUUGCUGCUGCCGCUCAUGCUGCUUCAAACAAUAGCCCAUUUAGUGUGUUUUUUAAUCCAAGGGCUAGUCCUUCUGAGUUUGUCGUCCCUUUAGCCAAGUAUAAUAAAGCAAUGUACACCCAAGUGUCACUUGGCAUGAGAUUCCGGAUGAUGUUUGAGACUGAAGAAUCAGGGGUCCGCAGAUACAUGGGUACAAUCACCGGUAUCAGUGAUUUGGAUCCUGUGAGAUGGAAAAAUUCACAAUGGCGUAAUCUUCAGGUCGGAUGGGAUGAAUCAGCAGCAGGUGAUCGUCCAAGUCGAGUUUCGAUUUGGGAAAUUGAGCCUGUGGUAACUCCUUUCUACAUAUGUUCUCCUCCGUUUUUUAGACCCAAGUUCCCGAAACAACCAGGGAUGCCAGACGAUGAGUCUGACAUAGAGAAUGCUUUCAAGAGAGCGAUGCCUUGGCUUGGAGAUGAUUUUGGCAUGAAGGAUGCCCCUAGCUCAAUGUUCCCUGGUUUGAGUCUAGUACAAUGGAUGAGUAUGCAACAGAACAAUCAGUUUCCAGCUGCUCAGUCAGGAUUCUUCCCAUCAAUGGUUGCGUCUACUGCCAUGCAUGCUAACAUGAGUGCUGAUGACCCAUCUAAGCUGUUGAAUUUUCAGCCCCCAGCUCUGCCUGCUCCGAAUAUGCAGUUUAAUAAAACAAAUCUACAAAACCAAGUCAACCAAUUGCCACAGCCACCUACAGCAUGGACUCAACAGCAGCAGCUGCAGCAAUUAUUGCAAAAUCCUAUGAACCAACAACCGCAGCAGAGGCAGCAGCAACAACUACCUCAGCCACAACUGCAGCAGAGGCAGCAGCAACCACCACCUCAGCAACAGCAAAGACUCCAAAGCCAGCAACCACAGCCUCAACCGCUAUCGCAGCCACAACAAAUACAACGACCACAGCAGCAGCAGCAACAGCAACAACCACAACCACAACAACAACAACAACAACAAAUAUUUCAAGCCAUUCCUGUAAGUAAUAGUGUGGGUGUCCCUAAUCAGAUGGCAAACCAAAAUAUGCAGCAACCAGCUGCAUACUCUCAGAUUCAUCAGCAGCAGCCGCAGUUAAUUACAAGCAGUGCCCAAUCACAUCAAAGUGUUCCCUCUAAUAAUAAGAACUCAUAUCAGCUAACAUCCUUACCACAGGACUCACAGCUUCAGCAACCUAUAGAACAGCCACCUGCCCUUUUACAGCGGCACCAACAGCAGCCACAGUUGCAACCGUCCCCAUUACAGUUGAUGCAACAAAACCUUUCACAGAGGGUUCCACAACAACAAUUAUCACAGCAAGGCCUUUCUGAGCAACACCUACAGUUGCUACAGAAAUUACAGCAGCAACAGCAAUUACUCUCCCCAGCAAGCUCACUCGUGCAGACUCAGAUGCUACAGCAACAGGCCCAGCAGAGCCAGCAGUUGCAACAGCCACCACUGUUACAGAACCAGCAGCAAGUGCUCAGUGGAAAUAACUUAUCAACGUCGGCACUCAUGCAAACGCAAUCUUAUCCGUUAAACCAGCACCAGAAUUUACAAAAACCACCUGCUAUACUGAGAGCCAAUUCUGGUCUUACAGAUGGGGAUGCUCCAUCAUGUUCGACCUCACCGUCUACUAAUAAUUGUCAGAUUCCCCCAUCAAAUUUCCUUAACAGAAUCCAACACGGGCCAUCCAUGGUUCUUGGGGAUUCAGUGGCUGACCCUGCAAGAAAUCUGGUUCAAGAACUUCAACCUAAGUCUGAUAUGCGGAUCAAACAUGAGCUACCCAGCUCCAAAGGAUCUGACCAACAAAAAUUUAAGGGUACAAUGGGUGAUCAAUUGGAAGCCUCAACUUCUGGAACAUCAUAUUGUCUGGAUGGAGGCACUAUCCAGCAAAAUUUUUCAAUCCCCAAUUUUGGUUUGGAGGUUGAUGUCCAAUCACAUCCUCAAAACAAUCUACCAUUUGCAUCAAAUAUUGAUGGAUUGACACCUGACACCUUGUUGUCAAGGGGAUAUGACUCUCAAAAGGAUCUUCAGAAUUUGCUGUCUAAUUAUGGUGGUACACCAAGAGAUAUUGAGACAGAGUUGUCCACUGCUGCACUAAGCUCCCAGUCAUUUGGGGUGCCCAAUAUCCCAUUUAAGCCUGGGUGUUCAGGUGAUGUGGCCAUCAAUGACACGGGAGUUUUAGGCAAUGGAUUGUGGAGCAACCAGACUCAACGUAUGCGAACAUAUACUAAGGUUCAAAAACGUGGAUCUGUUGGGAGAUCUAUUGAUGUCACCCGUUACAAAGGGUAUGACGAGCUCAGGCAUGAUCUGGCGAGGAUGUUUGGAAUUGAAGGCCAGCUAGAAGAUCCACAUAGUUCCGACUGGAAACUAGUGUAUGUAGAUCAUGAAAACGACAUACUUCUCGUUGGUGACGAUCCUUGGGAGGAAUUUGUGAGUUGUGUUCAGAGCAUAAAGAUACUAUCAUCUGCUGAAGUUCAGCAGAUGAGCUUGGAUGGAGAUCUGGGCAACAUUCCAGUUCCCAAUCAAGCAUGUAGUGGAACCGACAGUGGGAAUGCAUGGAGGGGACACUAUGACGAUAACUCAGCUGCUUCAUUUAAUAGAUAAUGAUGCAUCUGGAUUCUACGUGUGUGGACAUACUCAGAAGGCACAACAAUUUAUCUGGUUGCCAACUCUCAGUACUUGGGGUUAAAAUAGUUAAGGACUUAAAGUGCUCCUUGGAUGAUCAGGUAACAAUUGAAAGUGCAGCUAUUUAAUCAGUACACACCAUCUUCACUGGGAGGGUUGAAGAAUUUGUCAUUGCAGUGGUGAUAGGUUCUGCAUGCACUUAGAGUGAGGCUUUAGAACGCAGUUUGCCAACGUUUAUCCAAUUUCCGGGGAAGUACAUUUUUGAUCCAACCUUCUCGCACUAGCAGGUUGGUUGUUGAUUGCAACUCUGUUAGCGUCCAGGUGUAUCAUGAAGUACAACAAUAGGAAGCAAGGAUGAAGAUCCUUUGAUGUAUGUGAACUCUUACGGUCUUACCAGUUUUUUCGAGACUAGUCUGACAUCGAUACUCUUGUAAAUGCUAUGGAGAUGAACUGUAGGCGGGAGUGUGAGGGAGCUGUAGCUUGUCCCAUCAGCAGAUAUGAUUGCCUGUUCAUUAUAUAAACGGCAUUAUUUGGCCAUCAUUUGGCUAACGGUCUUUCUCAUUGAUAAAUAAGUGGUUAUAUUUCUUGCUUUAGUAGAUAGAACGUAGGGUUGACAGAUUGUGAACUUCCAGGUUACCCUCCGGUGUUCUUCCCAACAAAGGUGUAGUUGAAGAAAAGUUCGCUUAAUGAGGCUACUACUUAUACAGGUUUCUCUAAUGCAUGUA